CCUUCCUUGAGUAAUCAAAUAAGAAUUGCCAGAAUGAACUAGCCUCUUCCUCUCUCUCUCCCCCUACCUACUAUAGAAGUUCAUCUCAGACAUGAAGAUUAGAAAAAAUGACAAAGACCUGCAGCGUGUUCACCUCUCGUUUUCGAUGCGACACCACGAUUUACAGAACAUGCAUGACGACCAGGAUGUUCCCGACUCUCCUGAUGGCGCUUCAUCUUCUCCCAGCCUCACUAGUCCAACUGGUUCCAGGAACCACUACCACAAGUCCAAGCUCAGCACCAACAACCUCUCCUCCUCCUCCUCCUCCCCGGUUGAACCGCAACAUCACGACUCAAGUGUUACAGCAGAUAGAGCGGCCAUUGAACCGCAACAUCACGACUCAAGUACUACAGCAGAUAGAGGAGGUGUACUACCUCGGAUCGCUGUCGUGUCCGAUAUGGCGAGGUGAGCCGCGUCUCAAAUGUUCCGUUCCUGGCAGUAAUCGCGUAGAGUACUACCUCACCACGGUAGCAGAUCGACCUAACAAGAUCCUUAAGUUUUCACACCUUAAAAAGAUGAAAAAGUAUAGCUUAAUAAUAGAUUGUCGUGCAACACUCACUUUCUUUCUACUGGAUCGCCUCGCAAGUAGACGACUCUAAUAGCUACAUGAUAAGAGGCACCAUGACCUGACAGGUCUGCGUCCUGGCGUAAGAAUAGUCUCUGUACUCAUGAUGAGAUGAAAGCUAUCACAUAUCAUUCGCGAUUAGUAACGACGUACACUAUUGGAGAAUCAUUUCUAAUAAUUAGAUUUCCUCGCCCUCUCAUGGGUAUUCUACCAUACCCCACGAAUGGGUCGACUGCUGCUGCUUCUAAUUAGACAUCAGUCAUCAUCUAACAAGAUCCUGGAUCCCAACGAGAUGAAGGCACAAAUGCACCAGGUCCGAAAGGGGAUAGAAAAAGCACCAGAUGCGGACAACAACGUACCGCACGGUGUCCUAGGGAGUCUUCUACAUCGCGCGUAUCCAGUUCCGAAACACCUUCAAGAAUAUGAUCAAAACGGGUCAAGCUCAAGAAGCAAGCCGGAUGCUGCAAGAAGAAGAACAUCCCCUUCACUCUACUCGUACGCGCAGCAUCCUUUCCUGUCCCAGAAGCGCGUCAAAGUGAGAGUUGGAGCAGGCAUCUUCAGUGUGGACGAUGUACAACGUUAUGAUGUGGAGCUCGGACCGGUCAGUCUUGAUCCCUGGGAAGGACUGGAGGAAGCUUCUAAACAGGGUACAGAAAACAUAAGCCAGAAUGAACUAGAGUUCUGGAUUGAAUUCGAGCCACAACGGAACAAGAUAAUACUGACGCCAAGAUACCUAACGCUGCCUUUGAUAAUCGUGCCGAGUGGAAGCACGGCAGCUAGGCUGGGAUUUACGCGGUGGCUCGAAAAUGCGAAGGCGCCAAGCUGCUCGUCGAUUCUGUGGGGACGUGAAAGAGAUGAUGAUGCUGAAGAUGUUGAUAGGGAGCAGAUCUAUACGAAGCGUUGUACGGGAAGCAUAGAAAAUGAGGAUCCUACUUCCAGUCGGAGGCAGCAAGAUUUAAGGCUCAGCUUUCAAUGGUCAUUGGGGUUGGUCACUGAGAUCCCUCUUGAGAGAACAGGGGAAAAUGAAGGAAAAGCAAAGGGAGAGGCAUGGGGCCUAUUUCUUUCAGAGUCAGUGACCAUUGAAUGCUGAGCUUUAAAAGAUGCAGCUGCCUCUCCGUCUACGGAAGCGACUUCCCCUACCGCAACAGACUCGAGCACCUCCUCUCUUUCUCGCAAAAACCUUUUUGAUGGCGUUUCUAAGGAACAAAUCGACAGGCUUGAGCAGUUUGAAAUCGGCAGCUGCAGAGCUUGUAGUGAUAGAGGUGAAUACAUGAUGGCCGAUAGACGGUAUCCCGCUAUUGGCGUAGCAGAACUGUUGCAGGACUUGUUAUCGAGCGGUGCUGAGAAAAUAGCUCUACUGGAGACGGAUGCACAAGGUCUUGAUGCGGCUUUGGUAUUUUCUCUACCUGUGGCAAUGUUGCGGCAUCAAAUUGAGGAGAUAGCAGUGGAGUGCCAGACAGAGGGUCCGUGGAUCUACGAAAAAGCACGAGAGGCUGGAGGAAUUGAAAAUGUUAAGAUGAGUUCUGACUGUUACCCUUUUCUCUUUUCUAUCUUCCUCUGGUCUGUCUUUUUUCUAGUUAGGUCGGCUCCGCCACAAGUAUUACACUCGCUGUCAUCUACUCCAUCUCACAGUACAGGAUCCUCGAAUAGUCUUAGCUUGGAGGUAUUGAUUUUUUCAUCUGCACGAGCAUCGUAUGUCUCAACGUGGUCGUCACCACUUCUAAUAGCAACUGCAUUGCGAUUCAGAGCUACUUGGAAAACAACGGGUUCCAACUGACCCAUCGGGAGUUCAACAAUUGUGCAUGCAGAGAAUGGAAUUACAAAUUCAGAAAUGCGAAUUUGUCGAGAGUCGACAUGUCUUCUGCGAAAAUAGGCGAUGAGGAAUUAUAG